CUCUCGCCGCUCGAUUCGUACGCGACUCGCGAGCCUUCUCCACCGACCUGACACCUGACCAGGCAACGCCUCGCCGCCGCCGCCGGAGACGGGGCCGGCGCGGCACGAUGAGGAGCAGCGAGGCCAUGGAGCUCCUGGGCUUCCCUCCCUACUCCCGGCCGUCCCCUUCCGAGGUAAAGGCUGCGUAUAGAAGAAUGGUCAUGGAGUCUCAUCCCGAUCGUGUCCCAACGCAUCUGAAAUCUCAGGCUGAGUCAAAAUUCAAGGAGAUAUCAGAAGCAUAUUCUUGUUUGAAGGAUGGAAGAAGAUCAGGGAGUAGGAUGGAAGUACAUGUUAUGCGGUCUGGUGUUCCAACUGGAUACGGAAGAUCAAAUAAAGCACUGGUUAAAGCACCAUUUCUACUCAUAAUGUUUGCAGCAGUUUCUUUUGGUGCCUUUAGCGCCUCAAGAGCGUAUCAACGGCAAAAGGAACUCUGUUCCUCUCAGAACCCCUUUCUACCAUAGAGGAAAACCAUUGUACUGUGUCUAUAUUCAUAGGCAAGAAGAGUAUCUUACAUUGUACAGAUGUAAACAAGUCACACACUGAAUAAAAGCAAACUUUCGUGCGUUA